GAAUCCUCAAUAGCCAGUAAGGAUAGGAGCUUACACGUUCCUCAAAUCUGGAAAACCAAUUGCAACAGAGAAUGGGAGGUUCCCACAAGCCGUGAUCACCCAACGUGGGGUUCAUGAGCAAUAGCUUUGGAAAAAAAGAAAGUGAGGCAAAAGGAAAAAAAUAUCUUAUGGUGGAUACGAUCUGAAGCGGAGUCUGUAUUUGUUAGUAACCGGAUCACUGAGAUUUCCAGGCCAUAGACUGCAUCUGAUAAGCAACUACGAGUUUAUUCUUUGCGACUACAGCGGAGGGAAUCGCCACUGACGAUUGCUGUUUCAUUUAGGUGUUUUGCAGUACGACAGCUGAGAAAUCAACUUCAAGGAAGAAAUUUGCUGAUCAUCAACUCUCCCUGUGGUGCAACUUUGUAACAAAGUCAAAAGUGAUUUAAGGACCCGCAAAGUUUGUUACAAUGUAUGAAAACAGAAGAAGAAAAGUUUUGUAAUCGAAGUUGGCCGUUAAUGGCAUUGCUACGAUCGUGUGCCAGGAUAUUGGCAAAACAUGUCAAUUUGUUUUUCCAAGCAAAAUGGCACAGCAAGGCAUGCGUUAGAUAACCAUUAAGUUGUCUGUAUUGUGACGAGUUUUUGCUGAAGAUCGUAUGAUUUUCUUUUACUGGAGGGAUCUGCUUAUUAUAUUUUAUUUGUUGGAAAUAAAUAAAUGCUAGCCAAAACGAAGGCUUAGCUUGCUAACGGACCCCCUUUUCAACCUUUUAAGGACAACUGCGGUAACUUGCAUUUAGUUUUGGCUUCUGGACAAGUUUCUUGAAUUGCUUUGUUAAUCGUGAUUCACCUUUGAUUUAGUUGCGCAGGGCACGGUGAGAAGCUUGAACGGGACUUCACUUUUUAAACUAGCCAGCUAACUUUCCGUAAAUCUGGAAGAUCUCACAAAUAACAUUGUUAUUUAGCUACAUUACCAUGUAAAUCCUAAAUGUGCAACAGGAAACUAUAUAGGCUAGUCUUGGAAAGCAAACGAUAUAAGAUUAACAAAGUGGCAGCAACAAGAAAUUAGUUGCCGCUCUAUUAAAACUGGAUACAAAAUGGCGGCGUCGCAGGGACAAAUCGGAUCCGUCUCUUAUUAUGUUUUUUAUUUAAUUUUGUGUCUGGAACUGCUUAUCGACUCCGGAUUGAGCUCAGAUUUGCCUUGUGCUCAGAAUUGUACGUGCACUAGCAAUUCGGUGGACUGCAGCAAUCUGGAUUUGACGGAUACUCCACAGGAUCUGCCAGUCCAAACUGUCUAUCUAAAUCUGAGCCACAACAAACUGACUGCGAUCGAUGCAGCUGCCCUGGCCAACCUCCCGAACCUGCUAGAAGUGCGGCUGGGUCAUAAUGGGAUGACUUCCUUUCCUUCUUUUGGAGCGGUCUCCUCAAAGAUCAUUGCCCUUUAUCUAGACCACAACAAGAUCCGCAGCAUUGACGGGAAGCUGCUGAAGGACUUCAGCUCCUUGGAGACACUAGACCUGAACAACAAUGACAUCUCUGAGAUCCGGACUCCCAGUUUCCCCACUGGCCUUCACAUCAAAUACCUGUACCUGGGAAGUAACAAGAUCAGCCACCUGGAGUCGGGCGUGUUCCACAACCUGUCCCCUACCCUGCAAGUGCUCCGUUUGAGCAGGAACAGGAUCUCCCAGCUUCCUGUCAAAGCGUUCCAGCUGCCCAGGCUGACACAGCUGGAGCUGAACAGGAACAGGCUGAGGCUCAUCGAGGGGCUCACCUUCCAGGGGCUGAGCAGCCUGGAGGUGCUGAAGCUCCAGAGGAACAACAUCAGCAAGCUGACCGACGGGGCCUUCUGGGGCCUGGCCAAAAUGAAGGCGCUUCACCUGGACUUCAACAGCCUUACGGAAGUGAACAGUGGUUCCCUGUAUGGGCUCUCUGCUCUUCUUCAGCUCUUUCUGAGCAACAACUCCAUCUCCCACAUCAAUCCUGAUGGCUGGCAGUUCUGCCAGAAGCUUAGAGAGCUGAGUCUGUCCUAUAACAACCUGAGCAGGCUGGACGAUGACAGCCUGGAAGUGCUCGGGGAUCUGCACACCCUGCGUCUGGGACACAACUCCAUCAGCCAUAUUAUGGAGGGGGCCUUUCGAGGCCUCAAGGCCCUGCGCAUCCUGGAGCUGGACCAUAACGACAUCUCGGGCACAAUAGAGGACACCAAUGGGGCCUUCUCCGGACUGGACAGCCUGAACAAGCUAACUCUGUUUGGAAACAAGAUCAAAUCAGUGGCCAAGAAAGCGUUCUCAGGCCUGGAGGCCCUAGAGCACCUGAAUCUGGGCGAGAACGCCAUCCGCUCCAUUCAACCUGAGGCUUUUGUGAAGAUGCGGAGUAUUAAGGACCUACAAAUCCAGAGUGACAGCCUCCUGUGUGACUGUCAGUUGCGCUGGUUUCCGGAGUGGCUGGUGGCCAGGGGGCUGCAGGCAGGUGUCGUUGCCACCUGUGCCCAUCCAGAGAGCCUGAAGGGCAUCAGCAUCUUCCAGGCCCAGGCUGAAAGCUUUGUGUGUGACGACCUGCCCAAGCCGCAGAUCACGGUCCAGCCGGAGACGACGGUGGCGGUGCUGGGGAAGGACGUGCGCUUCACCUGCAGGGCGGCCAGCAGCAGCAGCUCGCCCAUGACCUUCGCCUGGCGCAAGGACCAGGAGUUCCUGCGCGACCCCGAGGUGGAGAACUUCGCCCACGUGCGCGCCCGCGACGGCGAGGUCAUGGAGUACACCACCAUCCUCCACCUGCGCCACGUCACCUUCGCCCACGAGGGCCGCUACCAGUGCGUCAUCACCAACCACUUCGGCUCCUCCUACUCCAGCAAGGCCCGCCUCACGGUCAACGUGCUGCCCUCGUUCGUGAAGACCCCGCAGGACAUCACCAUCCGCACGGGCACCACGGCCCGCCUGGAGUGCGCGGCCGAGGGCCACCCGGUGCCCCAGAUCGCCUGGCAGAAGGACGGCGGGACGGACUUCCCCGCGGCCCGCGAGCGCCGCAUGCACGUGAUGCCGGACGACGACGUGUUCUUCAUCAUGGACGUGAAGCCCGAGGACAUGGGCGUGUACAGCUGCACGGCGCAGAACACGGCGGGGACCAUCUCCGCCAACGCCACCCUGAUGGUGCUGGAAACGCCGCACCUGGCGCAGGACCUGGAGGACCGCAGCGUGGUGGUGGGGGAGACGGUGGCGCUGCAGUGCAAGGCCCUGGGGAGCCCCCCGCCCCGCAUCACCUGGCUGAAGGGGGAGGAGCCUCUGAAAGUGACGGAGCGCCACCACUUCACGCCCGGCAACCAGCUGCUGAUCAUCCGCAGCGCCGCCCUGGAGGACGCCGGCCGCUACACCUGCGUCAUGUCCAACCGGCUGGGCACGGAGCGCGCUCACAGCCAGCUGACCGUGCUCCACUCGGCCACCUGCAGCGCCCCCGUCGGCCGGCCCGACGGCACCAUCACCGUGGGCAUCAUCGUCAUCGCCGUGGUCACCAGCAUCGUCAUCACCUCCCUGGUGUGGGUCUGCAUCAUCUACCAGACCCGCAAGAAGAGCGAGGAGUGCAGCGUCACCAACACGGAUGAGACCAUCGUGCCCCCGGACGUCCCCAGUUACCUGUCGUCCCAGGGCACUCUGUCAGACCGACAGGAAGUGUGCAUUCGGGUGGAGUCCAGCGGUGGACCCCAGCCCAACGGACACAUUGAGAGCAACGGUUUUGAUGGUCCGGUGAUCUGCACGGACUGCUUGGAGAACGGAAGCGGUUACUCCAAAGAGUCGGACUAUGUUCCUCAUGGGCUGCGGCCCCUGGACGUGGACUACCAGCAGAACCACCGGGGCGUGGAGUACAGCAGACCCCGAGGGGAAGACCUGGGGCCUGUGAGCAUGCCACACUGCAACGGGACCCCAAACGGGACAUUCAAAAGGGACAUUCAGGCACCGGUGUUUCCCAGCAACCACGACAGGGUGACAUCACCAAAAAGAAGUUGUGAUAGAAAAGGUUCUCAUGUGAAGAACGCGGGGACGUCUUUACCCCUGGCCACCGUGUACGCCCCAUCGUUAGAGGAGUCCUUUCACAAGCCCGUCAAGCUGCCAGCCCCCGGCCAGGACGGCCCGGACAGUGACUGCGGCUCGGACGCCAGGCAGACCCUGCUGUCCAAUGGGCACCCUCCCAGGUCAUGUGACCUGGUCACGGGCGAGUGCACCCCGCUGAGGCGAGCGAGCGACUAGCGAGGCCAGCGCGGACGCCAGCGCCGUCUCUUCUUUGCACUGAGAAACUGCUACCUCAACCCCGGAAGGAGAGGCGAGAGGCGAGGGGCGGGGGGAGGGGUGUCGGAGGUUUGAGGGUGAAGCUUGCGUGGGCCGCGAUCCCUCCCGAGCGUUUCAGCUGUACAUACUUUAAAUCUUCCCGUGGGAAGCGUCAUUGCUAGUUCGAAACAUGACUUGCAUUUGAAGCAUGCAAAUGUAGGGAAUACUGUACAGUGCCAGAGACAAAAGAAAUACUAUUGGAUAUGACUGUACAUAAGAGUUUUCAUAUAUGUAACUUUUACAAAGAGUAUUUGAAUCUAUUCGGUGCAUGAGAAAAAGAGUGAUGGUAGAUUUUUUUAAACAAGACUUUUCAGCUUUUUCAGUGUCUAAACUGUGGUGCCUUAUUGUAUGAACAAAAAAAACUACAAGCCCCAGCUCCCAUUAAGGUUAUUUCAAGAAAUUGUAGGUGUUGGUACUUUUUCAUGUGAUGUUCAUUGCACUUGACAAAAAUGCAAUGUCAGUUAUGGCCUUAAAUCAAUCCAUAUUUUUUAUUUUUUUAAUGAAGGAAGAGCUUUGAUAUAAUUUAUUCAUUAUGUUUAACAGUAUAAAAUUGGAUUUUUGGGAAAUAGUUUUAAGCACUUUUUGUACUAAAGAUAGAACGUCAGACAAAGAUACGUUGUUAUUUUGAAGUGUAUUGCAAUAGGAGUUUAUAAUCAGAUUUCGUGUAUGACUUUUUCUGUUGUUCACCAUAAUACAUUAUCAAGGCUCUUCCAUCUCCUAAUGUACUGACUCUGAAAGCUGCUUUAGCUGGUGCCGAUAACCUGUGGACAGAAUCCUUGUUUGUACUAAAAAAGAAACCCACCCUCCCUCAAAUGCUUCUUUUCAAACAGAUGCCGGUUUGUUAAACUGUGGUUAUAGAAACCAUGGACCACUUGAAACGAUCCCAGUCCUGUAUGCGUAAAUCUGUAAACGCGCCAAGACGAAACGCAAAGCAAGCUGUGAAACGAGGAAACCAUAAGCUCUUCACAUGGAAUCAUUGUUGGGUGUUCUGGGAUACCAUGACUCAACAGUGUCAGUGCCUUCAUGUUGGAAAAUAAUGUGCACACACUAAGGAAAGGCCAGUACUGUAGUUUUUGUUCCACUUCGUUUUGGUGAGAAACAAAAACAACUGAUGAUAAAAAAGGAAGAACCAUCAUUCUCAGUCUCUGGCUUACGAACUUGGCUGGACUCUGUCAAAAGUGUGUACAAACGGACUCUUCAAGGACACAGAGGGAAAACACGCUUCUUUAUCUGUCAAAUUUAUUUAUUUAAAUGAACUUUCUAAAAACCGCUGUACAUUGACAAUGUUAAAAAAAUGUUGAAGUGUCUAACAUGGCAUUGAAGUGACUAUUAAAAGUCCAGUUUAAUACUCUA